AUUAUUUUGGUUAAAAAGAGUUGAAGAGGCGAGGGUAGGUAAUGAGGAGUAAGAGUAGUAAUCGUUAAUACGAGGGGACACAUGGAAAAAAUAGGAGGAGACCUCCAAGUGUAAGUCACACCUAGCGUGCCGGUUUCAUUUGGAAAAUCAAUUGUACACUGGGCGGCUGAGACGAGGGCUUGAAAUUGGAAAUACAGAAGAAAGAGGAUUGAAUUAUAUUUCCCUAAUUUAAGAUCAGAAUUUAGCAGGAUUAUGCAGGUGGAGAUGGACACUGUAAAAUCUAUUGCAUUCGAUUGGUGGGACGAUGUAAAUGCCUCCCCUGAUUGGCAGAAUCGGGUUUUCUACAUGCUUGCCGGACUUUAUGGAUUUGUUGCUGCUCUGGCUCUUAUUCAACUUAUUCGUAUUGAGCUGAGAGUGCCAGAAUAUGGGUGGACAACUCAGAAAGUUUUUCAUUUUCUCAAUGUUGUUGUGAAUGGAGUUCGCUGUGUGAUCUUUGUAUUCCGUCGAAGUGUGCAAAACAUUGAACCUGAGAUUUUGAAAUAUAUUUUACUUGAUAUGCCUGGGCUGCUAUUCUUCACUACAUAUGCACUGUUGGUGCUGUUUUGGGCAGAAAUUUACUAUCAGGCACGUGCUAUAUCAACUGAUCGCCUUAGACCUACAUUCAUGACAAUCAAUGCCAUCAUCUAUCUUUUUCAGGUAUGCAUAUGGAUUUACUUGUGGUGCAGUCAGUCUGUAUUUGUUGAGAUUUUAUCGCAAAUAUUUUUUGCAGGUGUUUCCUUCUUUGCAGCAUUGGGUUUUUUGCUUUAUGGCGGCAGACUCUUUCUCAUGCUUCGUCGCUUUCCAAUUGAAUCAAAAGGGCGUAGGAAGAAGCUUCAAGAGGUGGGGUAUGUCACUACCAUAUGCUUCAUGUGUUUUCUGAUAAGGUGCAUCAUGAUGUUUCUCUGUACAUUUGACAAAGGUGCAAACCUUGACGUUUUGGAUCAUCCAAUUUUAAACUUCAUAUAUUACUUGCUAGUGGAAAUUAUUCCAUCUUCACUUGUUCUUUUUAUACUACGGAAAUUACCUCCAAAGCGCGGUGCAGCUCAAUAUCAUCCCAUUCGUUAGCAUGGAAAAGAGCAUCCCCACUUGUUAGAAUGGUGUAGGGUUUCAAAGCAACAUCACCAAUCAUUAUAAGCAGACAGUUCACGUUGCCAAAAAAGCUCCAAGGCAGAGAGUGACAAUGGACUCUGGGUACAACUGUGAAAUUUUCUCCAGUUCCAUUAUUUAUCAGUUUUGAGCUGGAAAUGCAUAUUUAUCCAUAUCAAUGUAUACUUGUAUCACGCCAGCAGUAAAAAUGCUUGUGUAUUUUAUAAAAUUGGACAAUGGUAAUUCUUUCUUGAAGUUUGAUUUCUCUAGUUUGAAGCUUACAAUCUGUAUUAUAAAGGAGGAUGUCGGAUUUUGUAGCUUGUAUUGUGAAUUCUUCUGACACUUUUAUAAUUAGCUCGUUACCAUAAUUCUUUGGUUA